CUAAUCCCUUAAUUUUCUUCUUCUGUCGCCUAACUCCUUCUCUCUUUUACCAUGGCUUUUUUUGGAACACCUUCUACCAUGGCUAAAUCACUAUUCUAUUUCUCCUAUCUUCUUCCUCUUCGUCAAUGAUGAUGGUAGCGUUCCUCUCUUGUGGGGGAACUGAUGAUGAAUGCCAUAUCGUUCUUUCUGAUGAUGUUGAAACCGUGAAAAAAGGUUGUGGUAAAUAUUUUGAGCCAUUCCCUGAAGGGUGUUUCUUUACCUCCUCUAGAGGCUUGACGAGCUAUGGGUAUCCAUUUAACGAGCUAAAGCCUGUACUGAGGGUGGGAAGUUCAGGUCAGGUGUGCAGUGUGGCAAUCAAGGUGGAUUCUGAGGCUAAGAAAGAAAGCACAGUGCCUAAACUCGAAAGCAUCCAGAAUUGGUCCCAGCAAAUUUAGAGGCAACAUGUGAUUUUGGCUGAGUUUUUUUUCUUACUUUGCUGGACUCCAUGGCUGUGUUCCACAGAUUUAAAGUUUAUCACUCUUUCUCAUACUGACCAUUCUAAGUAGUAAGAACUCUAUGGAUCUACUCUGUUGCAGAUGUACUUGGUGACAUGAAUCUAUGAA